AUGACGAAAAAAGGACACGAAUACAUUCAAUUAUCAACAUUUUCAGAACACGAAAAUGAACAUGAACCUGAAUCAAGUUCAACUACAUCAUCACCUCCACCACCAGGUAUACGUCAAUAUGAAAAACAACAUGAAUGGAAUUUCACAGAUUUACAAUUACAAUUUGUCCUUUUACGAUUAGGUGUAAUUAGUGAUGAAGUUUAUCAUAAUCAGAAUUUUUCACUCCUGGACCCUGAUAUUCAUAUUUCCAAAGAAGUAGAAUAUAUGAUUAAUAAAAUUGAUCAAUUAUCUAUAUCAGAAGCAAUUGAAAUUAUUCGUGAUGCAUUAGCGGAUCAUAACGGGGAUGUUAAUUUCUUAAUUGAAGAUUAUCAAUUAUUAGAAAGAUUAAUUAGUCAAAUCCCCAACAAUAUUGAAUCUCAAGAAAAUAACCAAAACGUCGAGACAAAUCUCGAUGAACUACCUGAAAUGAAAUAUCCAAUGCAAUCAACAUUUAAAAACAAGACUUACUUAACUAUCAUUGAUUGGUCAUUACAAAUUCGAUUAGAAGCAGCAUUAAUUCAUUAUCAUUCACCAUAUCCGGAAAUACGAGCCAUUACAGAUCCAUUUGAUGAUCCAAAUACUCCUGUGGAAACAUUUCGAGCUUAUUUCAUUGCAUUGUUUUGGACAUUUAUUGGAUCGUUAAUUAACAGUUUUUUCUAUCAUAGAAUGCCUGGUAUAUCAUUAGGUACUCAUACUAUACAAAUUUUGUUAUUACCUAGUGGGAAACUUUGGGAAAAAUUAAUCCCAUUAAAUAAAACUAUUACUAUUAAUAAUACAAAAAUCAAUUUAAAUCCUGGACCAUGGAAUUUUAAAGAAAUGAUGUUGAGUACAAUAAUUUAUCUGUGUUCCGCUUCAACUCCAUAUCUGAUCAAUAAUAUAUUUGUGAUGAAAUUAGAUCGAUUUUAUGGAUUAAAAUGGGUUAAUUGGAUUUUCCAAAUUUUAUUCACCGUAUCUACUCAAUUACUUGGUUUCAGUUUUGCCAUGAUUAUGAAAAAAGUUUGUGUUUAUCCCAGUAAGGCAAUUUGGCCAACAAUCUUACCAACAAUAGCUUUAAAUAGAGCAUUAAUGAAUCAAGAUAAUGCUUCGAACAAUAGCAUUGUUCAUGGUUGGAAAAUAUCUCCUUAUUCAUUUUUCUUGGUGACUUUCACUCUUAGUUUCAUAUAUAAUUGGAUCCCUAGUUAUUUUUUCAAAGCAUUAUCAUUAUUUAAUUGGCCAACUUGGUUUAAUCCUAACCUGAUUCAUUUAGUUAAUAUCACAGGGUCGAAUGUUGGAUUGGGAUUCAAUCCAAUCCCAUCAUUUGAUUGGAAUGUUAUUGGUGGUUCAAGUAUGGUGAUUCCAUUUUAUACAUUUGUGAAUCGUUAUUUAGGAACAUUCUUGGGAUUUAUUAUAAUUUUAAUUGUUUAUUAUACGAAUAAUAAUUGGACAGCUUAUUUACCAAUUAAUUCUAAUCGAUUAUUUAACAACAAGGCUCAAUUAUAUAAUGUUCAUGAUAUCCUUAAUGAUGAUAAUAAACUUUUUGAUAAUGAAAAAUAUCAACAAAUUGGUCCACCGUAUUUUUCUGCAGCAAAUUUGGUGAUUUAUGGUGCUUAUUUUUGUCUUUAUCCAUUUGCUAUAUUAUAUCAUGGGUUAACCGAAUGGAAUUCUAUGAAAACAAGUUUUAUUAAUGUUUGGACUUCAAUAGUUGAUGCCUUUAAACUGGAGUCGGAGAUGGGCGUAAGCGUUGAAUCAAAUGAUGAUAAUAACCUUCUGUUGCAUCGACAAUAUGGUAGAUAUGCUAAUGAUCCACAUUGUAAAAUGAUGGCUCAUUAUCCUGAUGUACCCGAUUGGUGGUUUAUAACCAUUUUGGUGGUAAGUACCCUGUUUGCUAUAGCUGCAGUAUGGUUUUACCCGGUUGAAACCCCAAUAUGGGGGAUUUUUUUCACUAUUGCCAUUAAUUUCAUUUUUUUAAUUCCCUUAACAUCAAUUGCAUCCGUCACGGGGUUUUCAUUUGGAUUAAAUGUUCUUGUUGAAUUAAUUGUCGGGUAUGCUAUACCUAAUUCUGGAAUUGCAUUAAUUACAUUAAAAGCCUAUGGAUAUAAUAUUGAUAGUCAAGCAAGCAAUUAUAUUACUGAUCAAAAAUUGGCUCAUUAUGCGAAAAUCCCACCACGAGCAAUUUUUAAAGGUCAAUUAUUAUCCACUUUAUUAAAUAUUAUAAUUUCAUUAAGUGUUGCUAAUUGGCAAUUAAAUAAUGUGGAAAAUAUUUGUGAUCCUCAUCAAAAGGAUAAUUUUAAAUGUCCUGGAGCUAAUACAUAUUUUUAUUCAAGUAUUCAAUAUGGAGAAAUUGGUCCAGCAAAAGUUUUUGGAGGAUUAUAUCCAAUUUUAAAAUGGUGUUUCCUUUUGGGGGUAUUAUUAGUUUUCCCCUGUGUUUGGUUGAAAAGAAAUGGUCCAACAAAAAUAUUCCAACGUUAUUUUCAACCAACAAUUAUAAUUGGUGGGAUGUUAGAUUUUGCUCCUUAUAAUUUACUGUAUUUUACUGGUGGCUUAUAUAUAUCUUAUAUUUUCAUGUUUUAUAUUAAAAAAAAUUAUUUACUUUGGUGGGAAAAAUAUAAUUAUAUUUUAACUAGUGCUUUAUCAGCUGGUGUUGCUUUUAGUGCUUUAAUAAUUUUUUUCACCGUUCAAUAUCAUCCUCAUCCAUUACAUUGGUGGGGGAAUUCAAUUGGUCAACAAGGUAUUGAAGGUGGUGAAAUUUCACCAAUUUGGAAAAAUAUCGAUACUGCUCCUGAUGGUUAUAUUGGUUUAAGAAAAGGUCAUUUCCCAUAG